CAGCACAAAGAGGACGGUCAUCUGUCCUCCUCGAACGCUACGCGUGCCUUCUUUUUUUUUUUACAUGUCUGUCCCGUUAUAGCCUCUUGUGAGAGUCGAUCCGCCGCGCGCUCGAGGCUCCGGGAUGUACACGGCAGGGCUCAACCCGUUUUACGCAUCGAACUUCAGCCUCUGGUCCGCGUACUGCGCGGGGGGCUUCGCUGUGGAUACAAUGAAGAAGCCGUCGUUUUGCAUCGCAGACAUCCUGCAGGCCGGGGACGCGGAGAACAUCCCGGGAUCGUCGGCGCUCAUGGUGCACAUGGGACACCACCACCACCACCACCACCACCGCGCGCAGCAGGGCCACUCCGGCGGCUCUCCGCUGCGCCCCGCGCCCGUCGCGCCGGAGCCGUCGCUGUACGGUGCCAGGAUGAGCCCGGCGUCCGCGUACCACAGGCACGGACUACAACUGACCUCGGUGUCCAGAACCGCGUUUAGCUCCCAGCAAGCUCCGCCGCCCUCAAGCAAAGACCUCAAAUUCGGAAUUGAUCGGAUAUUGUCCACAGACUUUGAUCCAAAGUGUAAAGAAAAGUCGUCACUAAGAGAUCUCACAUCCAUCGUUAGCUCGAGCCGUCAGUCAGGCCUCCACGUCCCCGUUCAGCCUCCGGCCAGCCAGUACUUCUCCUCCAUAGACCCCGGGAUGAGCGACGCGUCCUCCAUGAUGAGUUCACUAGGCAGCAGCAGCAGACAAUCAGGCCAGCAUCAGUUUCAGGACACCUUCCCAGGUCCGUACGCCGUCCUCACCAAAGACACGAUGCCUCAGACGUACAAGAGGAAGAGGUCGUGGUCCAGGGCAGUGUUUUCAAAUCUGCAGAGGAAAGGACUGGAGAAGAGAUUUGAGAUCCAGAAGUAUGUCACCAAGCCGGACAGAAAACAGCUGGCUGCCAUGCUGGGGCUGACAGACGCUCAGGUCAAAGUUUGGUUCCAGAACAGGCGCAUGAAGUGGAGACACUCCAAGGAGGCCCAGGCCCAGAAGGACAAGGAGAAGGACGAGAAGCCGGAGCAGGGCGCGUGCGAGGCGGGCGGCAGGGAGUCCCACGAGCCGCUGUGCGAGUCGGAGUGCGAGAGCGAGGGCCGCAGCGAGUGCGAGUCCGACGAGGCGGAGGAGGAAAGCGGCGCAGACGGACAGUUGGACAUUUUGGAGGCGCACAAUAAAACCAGCGUGAUCAUGAGCGGGAGCGGGAGCGGGAGCGCGCCCGGCGGCGGCGGCGGCGCGGACGCAGUGACGGACACAGCGGCGUCUCAGGCGCUAAUAUGAAGGCAGGGACGCUUCAAGAACAAUGAACACGGCGGGUUUUUAUUAUUUCUGGCAACUUGUUAGGACACCUGGAGACUCACUGAGGAAAACCAGGGCGAUUCAACCGCCCUCUAAGCCAUAGUGCGUUAUUUCAAAGCCCGGAACAGAAGGAAGUGUUCGAAUUAAGUUGUGAAUUUCAAUUCCCCUUUUUUCCCCCAUUAAAAAAAGAAACAGCGAAUAUUUAAUUCUCGAGGCCACAGCCUCAUCGCCUCGCGUCUCCUGUCGUGUUGAUCUGAGAAGCUUCUGUGUGCAUGUAGCUUUUCCUCCUCGGAAGGAAAUAACUCGGCUGUGAAUUUACGCCGAGGUGAUGAACCACUCAGUUUUACCUUCUAAAUGAAAUCUCAGAAAAUCACGGCAGCCUUCAUGUAUUUUUGAUAUAAAUAUAUAUAUAUAUAUAUAGUUGUGUUUUUUUGUUUUGUUUUUUAAUAAUAUUUUGCACUGAAAAUAU